AGGGCGGAGACGGAGGCUUGGGAAGGGCGAGCGGCCUCGCUCCGCCCCCGACGCGCCUCAGGUAGCGAUUCCAACCCCUCGCUGAGGGGAGUCUCUGCGCGGGCAAAGCGCGGAAAAGGGGCCUGAGCUGCGUUGAGGGGAGAAAGUUGAGGACCGUCCUCCUUUCCCGCGCUCCGCCGGUGUCCUGGUCACCGCAGCUGCAGCUGAUCUUUCCCUGCAGCCUGAUGGAGCUAGAGACGGAGACGAUCCCCAGGAAGAGGAAGGGGGCCCCGAACUCGGCCCUGGCGACAGAGCCGGAUCUCGAGGACGAGGAGCCUAGAGCCAAGAAAGCUCGCUUAUCUUCCAUUUUAUUUGCUGAAAAUGAUGUGGUAACCCAUAAACAGCUGUGUGAGUUGCUGAAGUAUGCAGUUCUGGGUAAAUCCACUGUUCCUGAACCCAGCUGGUGCCAACUUUUACACCAAAACCACCUAAACAACGUGGUGGUUAUUAUUCUGAAGGGAAUGAGUCAGCUACACUUCUACAGGUUCUAUUUGGAAUUCAGAUUUCUCCGAAAGACAUUCAGACAUAAAUUCAGCUUGCCUCCUCCGAAAUCCAGUUUUCUAUUUGAUGUCAUUGGGCUGCAAAAGAAGAAAUUAGCCAGAGGUUUUCCUAGGACUGUUAAAGGAGGACCUUUAACUUCUGCCAUUUUAAAGUCCAGCAUCAACCUGCAGAAUGACCCCAUCAUUCAGAAGUAUGGCUGUGAAAAAGUGGGCUUGACUAGAUGCCUUCUGACAAAAAGGGAAAUGGAAAUAUUUCACUUUCCACUACAAGGUUCUCCUAACUGUGAAAACUUUAUCCUUGCCAAGUGUAAUGGUUCCAUAACAGAUAACAGUCCACUCUUUGGACUUAGUUGUCAAAUGUGCCUUACAUCCAAGGGGAGAGAACUAACACGCAUCUCACUGGUUGCUGAAGGAGGCCAUUGUAUUAUGGAUGAACUGGUCAAACCUGAAUUCAAGAUUAUGGACUCCUUUACUAGUUUUUCAGGAAUCACGAAGAAGAUUCUUAACCCAGUGCCAACCGAACUCAAAGAUGUACAGAAUCUCCUAAGACAGCUGCUUCCUCCUGACGCUGUGUUAGUGGGCCAUUCCCUAGACUUGGAUCUCAAAGUAUUAAAAAUGAUACACCCAUAUGUUAUUGAUACCUCGCUGCUUUAUAUCGGGAAGCAGUGCAGAAGAUUUAAGCUAAGAUUCUUAGCCAAAGUUAUUUUGGGGAAGGAUAUACAGUGUCCAGACAAGCUUGGUCAUGAUACCAUAGAAGAAGCUAGAACAACUCUUGAAUUAGUUCGGUAUUUUCUUAAGUAUGGGCCAAAGAAGAUUGCAGAGCUCAAUUUGGAGGCACUAGCUAGUCGUGAAGAACUGAAAGCAGCCAGUCAAGAACCAGAAAAGAAGGGAGGACCUACUAAGCCCCCAAAUAUGAGUGUUUUAGAAUGCCUGGACUCGAUGGGUCAGAAACUCCUUUUCUUGACUCGGGAUAUAGAUGAACUUUCUUCUUCUAGAAACUGUCUAACUAUUAAGUGUUCUUCAAAUAAAGAGGUGCUUGAGGAAGCCAGAGUGGAAGUCCCUUUGUUUCCCUUCAGCAUUGUACAGUUCUCUUUUGAGCCCUUUUCACCCAUCUUUGCUGACGAGGUGAAGCAAAGUAUGAAGACCAAAUGGAUAGAGAUGUCAACUGUCUAUGUUGGUCCAUUUAUCAAAAAUUGUAACAUUGGGCCUCUGAAGAAGAUGUUUAAGAGCAUGGGCCCAGUCCAGUCAGUAACUCUUGUUCUUGAAACUUUUAGGCCUUACUUCUGUGUACAGUAUGAAGUCUUGGAAGCUGCUCAGCUGGCUAUAGAGACCAUGAAUGGCAUUCUGGUAGAAGGUUCUUACAUCAGGGUACACAGGCCUGUGACAGAAUUCACUCUUGAGUGUGACACCCUUGUGCGUGAGCUAGAGCAAGAUUGUGAAAACCAAGGUACUAUAUAUGUGACUGGAUUUGGCAAAGCUUUUAAAGAACGCCUGUUGGAGCAGUCCAGCCUCUUUCCUGGCCUGGAAGCCAUGAUACUGCCUAAAGAUGUUAAAAGCAGACAGCAAAAAAAAUACUGUUUCUUGAAGUUCAAAUCUCGUGACAGUGCCCAGGUAGCCCUUGAAAUUCUCAAAGGCAAGGACUGGAAGUUGAAAGGCAGACAUGCCCUAACCCCCAUGCACCUUCAGACAUGGCUCAAGGACAUACAUCCUGAACCAGCAAUGCCUUCAGGACUUCAACUAGUACCACCUCUCUUGGAGAAGCAUGUCUUCCAGGUGAACAGGAGACUAAAUGUUGAAGCAUGGCUUUGGUCCUAGAUUAUGGAGGAGAACCAUCCAAGGAUAGUUGCCUGGCGUUGCAACCGGAAGAUUGAAAAACUCUAUCACUGCCUGAGCCCGGGCACCCUCUGCCUCAUCCUGCUGCCAGGAACCAACAAGUAAGGACUUGAUGUGUUGUCCUCGGAAUUCUGACCCCUGGAAUUCAGCUGUUUUAAGGAAAGACCUUUAGUUAAGUGAUGCCCAGGCAUAUAAUGAGGAUUUAUAUAAGUUCGUAUCACAGUUCUAGAAAGUAGACAUUCUAUUCCUAUUUUACUUGUUACUUAAAUUUAUCGGUUCUUCUGAUACAGCUCAUUCCACCUUAAAAUCAGAGGCUUAGGCCUAAUAAAUACUGAAACGUGCUGUAUAGGUCUGGUUAUAGCUCCUAUUAUAUAAAUUUUUAAUAACUGGCCAACUUACCUAUCACAGGUCUAAGCUGGAAAGGUGGUACACACCUAUAAUCCCAGCAUUUGGAAAAUUGAAGAUAAUGAGUUCAAAGCUAGUCCUGGGGUACACUGUGAAAACAUGUCUCAAAGCAAAAUUCUCUUGAGAGGGAUUUUCAGUAAAUCAGUGAUUUUUUUUUUCAAAACAUAAAGUAUGAUACUUUAUUUAAGGAAAAAUUAAUGUUAAAAUUAGUCCUAAAACAUAUAGUGUCAUUUGUGGGGUGUUUGCAGUGUGUGGGAAAGGCCUUUUUGGAGUAGUUAGAAAAUUUUAGGACUGUUCUCCCUAAGUUUUUCUUUGUUAUAUUUAUUCAUUAUCUUUUGUGUGUGGGUAUGCUUAUGUGCUCAGAUCAUCAGGCUCACUGCAAAUGCCUUUACCCAUAGAGCCAUCGUACCAGCUCAAACUGUAUUGUUUCUUAAAUAUAUCAUUAAAAUCUGGGGUUAGUAGUGCAUACCUGUAAUCUUAGCACUUGGGAGAUGGAGGCAGAAGAAUAAGGAAUUCAAGGCCAGCCUCAGCUACAUAAGGACUUUGGGCCACUGUGGGCUACAUAAAGUCCUGUGUCAAAAAAUUAAAAAUAUCUCAAGAUUCUGAUACUCUAGGAGAUGCUGUACUACAAAUGAUAGUUUAAGUAAUGUCUCUUUGGGCCGGAGAAAUGGCUCAGCUGUUAAAGGCUAGGCUCACAACCAAAAAUAUUAGUAAUGUCUCUUUAAUUUGGGGGUUUUCUUGUAUGAUCUUGUUGAAGUUCUGGUCUGUGUCAUUGGGAUUCCUGUCCUUCAUGUGAUAAUUUGACCUUGUUUGUUUGAGACAGGUUCUCUCUACGUAGCCCUGGCUGCUGGGAUUAAAGGCAUAUAACACCACACAUGGCUAGAUUUUUGUCUAUUCAAGCUGUCCCACGGUUUCUUUUAUAUAUCUUUCAUGUAGUUUUAUUAAGUUUUCAAAUUAUUUGCUAAUGUGGUCUAAUCCUUUUUAUUUUUAUAUGUAUAUACAUGAAUAUACACGUGUGUGCAUAUAUAUAUGCAUAUAUAUACAUAUAUAUAUGUAUAUAUAUCACAGAGCUUGAGUGCAUUAGAGGCUAGAGGAGAGCAGCAGAUCCCCUGGAUCUGUGGUUAUAAGCAGUUGUAAGCUACCUGAUGUGAGUAUUGGGAACCGAAACUGAACAUGGGUCCUCUGCAAGGAGUGCUCAUGACUGCCGGAGUUCUCUUCAUCCCUAAUUCCUCUACUUUAUCUUCAAGUCCUAAUAAUCUGUCUUCUUGAUCCAUUCUGCUGGUGAGGCUUUCCUGAGUUUUCUAAUUGGGUUAUUGAGUUUUGCAAUUUCAUUAUUUCUAUCUCUUUACUGAAUUCAGUUUUCAGGUCUUGAACUGUCUUGUCAUUUGAUUCAGUUACAUAUUUAUUUUCUUGGAUUUAUUCUUAUCCUCCUAAGUUCAUUGAGUUGUUUCCUUUAAACUUUUGGAUUCGUUGAUGAUGUUUAUUAUUGUUCUUUUAAAUUGUGUCCUGGGAUUCAUCUAGGUAGUUUUGUAAAUUUUUUUAAUUUUUAUUUUAUGUGCUUUGGUGUUCUACCUGCACAUAUGUCUGGGUGUGAGUGGAACCAGAGCUUGAAUAAUAGACAGCAGCAAGCUGUCAUGUGGGUGCUGGGAACUGAACCCAGAUCCUCUGGAACAGCAGUCAGUGCUCCUAACCACUGAGCCAUCUCUCCAGCCCUCUAGGUAGUUUUUAUUGGAGAACAUUUCUAUAGGGCUGGUGAGUUUUGGAAGGGACAUAAUGUCUUGGCCUCUCAACAUUUGUGUUUUGUAAUAUGAGUUUGUCAUGUAGACUUCCUUGGUUGUAUGUCUGAUUCUAGGCUGCCUCUGUUGAUUGGGAGUUUUGUUUUGAUUUUUAUUGUUGCUUAGUUGAUUUCAGAUAAGGUAUCAAUAAUUAGUAGUUAAUCCUUUAGAUUCUCAGUGUUGAUUUUGGAUUGGAUGAACAUGCAUGAUUCCAGUUCAGUGGUAAGCAAGAAAUGUGGAUGAUUCGAAUGGAUGGCUGUUCUGCAAGCUCGGCUAAUUGGGUAAGCCAGGUUCUUGGGCACUCACCAGGCUAGUAUAAGCUGUUUGCCUAAAUCUGGGCCUAAGUAUUAAGAAUAUGGCAGGCAGGUGAGAGGGUUCAGGAUACUUAUCAGACUUGGCCAGGACACAGAAUGGCUAGGCAAUGAGGUUGGUGAUGGCGAAAACAGGCAAGAGUCCUGGCAACUCAAAGACUGGGCCAGUGCACAGGAUGUUUUAUCUAGUCUAGUGUGGUAUGGGCAGGCAAGGGUCCAGGACACUCACUGGACGGGGUUGGCACAUGGGAAUCUGUCAGACCCUUAAUAAGCAAGUACUGUGACAAGCAAGUACAUAGACUUUGGUUCAGGAUUAUUAGAGUCCUUAGAAGCACAAGUGCAAUGCCUCCGUUUAAGCAAUUUACCAAGGUCACAUAACUAGUAAGUGCAACCACUCUACGCUGAACCAUAAUGAUCAGACUCCAGAGCCAUUCAAAAAAAGACUUGCUAGAUAGCAGGUUCACGGUUUGUGUUUUGCUCAUUUUCUGCCUUUCUUGCAUUAAAGAGCUCCUUUAGCUCUUUAAAUCCAGUCCCAUGAAUAUUCUUCCAAGGUAGCAAUGAACUACCAGGCAUCAAACGACUCUCAACUGUAAGCACUGUUCUAAUGACAGGCAUUGUUAAUAAGUAACAUAUAAAGUUUUUCAGAUGACAUUACCCCAGUUUCUAAGGACUCUUAGGACAGAUUUUCAUUACUGAAACCUGGCUGUUACUUGCUAGUAUGACUUAAACAAGUAAUGUCUGAGCCUGUUUCUUUGCUUGGAUAGUGGAUUAAAGACAUUUAUCACUGAACUGCUUUUAAGGGUUAGCAGACAGGUAUUUUAAACUGCCCACACUUGGUAUGUAGAAAGUGCCCAGUGAGUGCUGGUUAUUACUGUGCUUCUUUAAGCCUUAGUGGCAUAGUAACUUGCACGUUUUAGGGUUAAGAAAAUGUGAGGCUUAUUGGAAAUGUGUCGUCUGUCUCUUAAGCAGCACAGCUGGGACUUGAAUCAGGCUUCUUCACUGAGCCCACUCCAGCAGGCAGCUUUCCAUAUACCUUCCUCUUGGUGUAUUGUACACACCUACUUAAAAAUUUACUCUAUCCUAGGAACAUCUAGCCAUUCAUUUAGCCAUUUAGAUAAAAACAUGUCUUCAUGUUUUAUUUA